CCGGAAGCGGAGCCGUUUCCGGUUACAAUGGCGGCAAAAGAAAUAAGUUAAAAACGGUCGACUUGUUGUCGUGUUUCUUUUCCCAAAACAGCCUGCUCAGGUGCAACUAAACGAUUCGGCUUUAGUACUAACACAUAUUUACUUCACCUUUUGGACAACAACGGGACUGUCGAGUGUACCGACAAGAUUGCAUGCCGUGCUAUUCGAUGCCCACUCCACGUAAGACAACUGGAAUGAGUCCCUGACCGUGUUGUUACACCUUCCGACAACACACCGACGAGGCAUGAUAACUCCAAGCCAUAUGUUUUGACAGGUUGAAAGAGAACAUGGGUUGAUGAUCACCACCCAGAGUUAAUUCAAGAGGUGAAUAAUAAGCUGGCGAGGAUGAGCAAGUGGGGACAGCGGCUGAAGAAGGUGGAGCAGCUCGCCGAGACAUUCCAGAACAACCCCGUGGUUACGCCCUACAAGCCUCGACUGUUGCCUUGUCAGCCUUCCUCCGUCUGGAAGCUCUUCCCUCGUCAAACUUUGGCGAUCAGCUUCGCUCAGACCUGCAAAGAGCCUGUACAUGUUUUUGCACUUGAAAAAGAGAAGGCACUUCAGGGGCAAAGGAUCUUCCUGGUUACCAGUUAUACUGAGUUAUGGCAUUACUACAGGACCUACACUCAGUCCUUGAUGCACUGCUAUGAGGUGAUACCAGAGGGCGCUGUUUGCAAACUUUACUUUGACUUGGAGUACUACAAGCCCUCCAACCCAGAGGCAGAUGGGAACAAGAUGGUGUCAUUGUUAAUCCAGUAUGUCUGCAAAAAGUUUGAGGACAUUUACGGAAUUGAAUGCUCUGCAGAAAACGUGCUCAGUCUGGACUCAAGCACAGAUGACAAGUUUAGUCGACAUCUCAUCUUUAAUCUCCACAAUGCAGUUUUCAAAGAUAACACGCAUGUCGGUGCCUUCAUUCAUGCCAUUCUUCAAAUUCCAGGCCGAAGUUGUUUGAAUGGACACAGGGAAGCAGGGUUUGUUUCACUUUGGUGGACGUUUUUAUCCUCUGUCACAUUUUUUCUUUGUGUACAUCAACGUAUCAUUUCUCUCAACAGCAGAACAUGUGCGGAGUCGACAAGUCGAAGUCCACAGAACAAAAGACACAAACAAGAAGAGACAGACCUCAGCUUCCUUCAGGUGAAAGACAAAUAUGGCCGCCAUUCUCUCUUUGUUGAUCUUGGCGUUUACACAAAGAACCGAAACUUCCGUCUUUACAAGUCAUCCAAAGUAGGAAAAAACGCAGCUUUCACCUUAGCAGAUGACAACAGGUUCACUGCAGAAACCAAGAACAGUGUUUCUGCGGAGGAAAGGGUUUUUUUGGCGUCCUUAGUGUGCAACGUGAGUUUCACAGGCCAGAGAAUUCUUACAUUCCAUGUCUCAGAAGCUAAGGACUUAAGGACCACGAGGGAUCAGAAUCAGCAAGGCUCGCUGCCUGAUCCAGGCUUACUCUCGGGCUGCCUGAGGUCUCCUCACCACGAAGUGGACGACUUUGUAUUAACGAUGGUUAAAAAGGACGGCGUACAAGGAAGCAUCCGACGAUGGUACUAUUUUGCAGCUGAGCAGCUGCUCGUCUACGACAUCGCCAAGUACCGCUGGUGUGACAACGUUGGAAGGUUCCACAAAAGCAACAACAUAAUGAUUGUGGUGGAUCUCAAAGAGGAAGUGUGGUACCAGAAGUGUCACGAUCCUGAUUGCAGGAACUAUAGAUCUUCAAGUUUUCCGCUGCCACAGGAGAUAUGCAUCAGCUAUGCCAUGAUGCUGGAUGAGGAGAACCAAGCAUACAUGAUGGACGAGGUGGGCAAUAUUGAACCCAGUCAGCCACCAAAGCAGGUAUCCCAGGAGAUGAAUUGGGAUGAGGAAUCAGAUGACGUGUGGGGAAAAACUGACGACGACCAGCAGUUCUCAAACUGCCUUGACGACUUUGAACUAAACAGCAGCGAAAUCUCAGACGAGCUCCUUCUCAGCUGCAUGGACCAUUUCGAUUCGCAGUAGAAGGUAGUCGAAGACACAUACUUUAUUGCAAACUGAAGUCACAUUUGUACAAGCAGACAACUUCACACUUGUCCUUUCGGUGUUACACAAACACAAUAUAAUUUUAACUGUGUGCACAAUUCCACAUGUCAUAAUUUGCCUUAAUGUGAUAGGAACAGCAUUCUUUUUUUUCAUCAACCGCACAACUGAUCAAUGCUUGGAUCAGAAGCAUUCAUCUUAAUAACUCCACCUGCAUAAAAUCGGUUAGUCCUCUGACAACCCACCACAUAGAAAGGGGAAUGCAAAUAUAUUAAACAGUACUCUGAACUCUUAGUCGUCACAAUAUGAGGCACAAUUCAGUUAUUAUUCACCAGAAACACAAUUUAUCCCUUAAAAGACUUAAUUAAAUAUGAACUAUAAUAGCAAACCAAAACAUGAAACAAAGGUGGAUUAUUUUCCAGAUGUUCAGUUUACAGGAGUCAUACUGUAUUUGACAAUUGUACAUUAUAAAUUUUAUCCUGGGAUAAAUAAAACCACUAAUAUGUCAGGACAGUCAAGUGUUACAGAAGGAAAAUUCACUUUCCAGUUGUCACCAUUCUGUUCCUUCAAAACCAAA